CCUAUGUUUUAGUGCGCCAGACGCAAUCUAGCUAGCCAGUCGGAGUUGUGUUUUCUUGUCUGCUGUAUUUUACAUGCUUGGUAGUAAUAUUAGCCAAAACAUUUAUUUCCUUUAUGUUAGAAGACAUAGGAAGUGUGUGUGUUCGGUGUAAAGCAGAGGAAACCGGUCCAACUCAUUAUGGAAGACUGCUUGCACACCUCUUCAGAGAACCUGUCUAAGUUGGUCUGCUGGGCCCACAGUCACGGCACCAUCUGUGCUCUCAUUCCGAACCUCAAACACCUGCUCACCGAGGGUUCCCAUGGGAACCUGACCGCCAUGUGGGGGUGCAGCGCGGGCCACGCCUACCACUGGCCCCUCCCAGCCACCUGCAAGACGGGCCAGAAGGUUAUUUUGAAGGAGAGGGGCGGCGGCUGCUACCAGGACAGCCGCAGCAUCAACUCAGACAGCCUCAGUCUCCAGGGAGGGGCCUCUGCCUGCCAGAGCAGCCCGGGAGGAGAGAGGAUUCUGGGCCGCUCCAGCGAGGCCAAGGGGGGUGACAGCAGCCAGACCCGGGACUCCUGCGACUUCUCCAAUUGCAGCGACGACAACACUGAGGCUGAUGACAACAUCGAGGAAGAUAACCGCAACCUGUUUGAUAUUGUCUGUGAGUCCUCAGCCACGACGGACGAGGAUGGAGACGCGGACUACGAGCCUCAUCACAGACCCAGGAAAAGGGGUCCUCUAGGGGACAUACCCGGCCCCCAGGGACCAGGGUCUGAGGACAGGGGACACGGGGACAAAUCAGUGAAGAAAAUCAAGCAGGAGACUGCUGAGGAAUGUUACACAGUGCCUAAAGCCCAGCUAGCAGCAGGGGGGUGUACUGACUCUGGCAUGGCCUCUGACUCAGUCUCCCAGUCCCCAAAGCCUAAUAACUCUCUGUCCCAGUUGUCCCUGUCCCACACCUCACCACACAAGCCCUUCCCGAAGGCUGCAGACUGUUUGGGUGGUGGUGGUGGUGUGUCAUCUCCGCUGGGGCACUCCUCUCCUAACAUACGCCUGCUAGACAAACCGCUACGAGGCUCUGUCUCCAAGCCCUCCAUGAUGAGCGUUGGUUCCCCCAGACAUCAGGACUCGUCCUCGGUGUCAACCCAGUGCCUGAGAACCCUCCCUGGGGCAGGUAGUGAGCUGUCGGAGGACCUGCUGAAGCCUGGAGGAUCCGAGGGGCCCUUUGGGGACCUGACUCCUUCCUCCCCCAGUGGGAUGAACUCUGACCUCCUGGGAGCAGAGACCAAAGGAGAGGUUACAGUGGGUCCUCCUCUCUAUGAGAUCGACCGUCUGCGGGCGUUGCUGAGUGUGGAGCGGAGCCGCAGUGAGCAGAUGGGAGAGACCAUCUCCGGUCUGAAACAGGACAAGGAGCUGCUGCAGCAGGAACUCACUAAGAAGGCUGAACUCAUCUGUGACUUCCUGCAAGACCAGCUACGACCAGAGAAAAGGUGUGGUCAUUCAUCCAGCCAGAUGGAGGUGGGGCUGGGCAGCUCCACCCACAUGGGGGUGGGGUUCUCUGACGAGGGCGUGGUAUUUGAGAACUCGGCCCUGUUCGAAAGCUUUGAGGAAGUGGAGCUCCACCCCCUUGACCGACACAGGGUGAUGAAGAGCUCCAAGAGGAGCAGAGAUGGAGAGAACACACGAGUCAGGAUGAAGAACGUGGUGGGCGUCAUCGCCAGAUACAUGGCGGCCCUGCAGGAGUUCAGACGCAGCGUCUCCAUGAAGGUGGCGUUCGACCGCGUGGGCGUCGACCGGAACACCAUCUCACGGACGGCGGCCAUCGCCGAGCUGAGCCUGGCUGCUCCGGAGGUGUUCCAUGCCCUGCCGCCGUGGGACGAGAAGGAGGAGACGCUGGCUCACUACGCCCACCGCUGCCGGCUGGCCAUGGACGACACCAUCAGAGCCAAGAUCAAAACCAUGAAAACCAAGGGAGACCUGCUACCUAUAGUCAGCAAAUAACCCCGGACUGAGGGGCGCGUCCUAUGGGACGGGGACUGAGGGGCGCGUCCUAUGGGACGGGGACUGAGGGGCGCGGGGACAUUGGCUGUGCGCGAUAGAUCACCUGCUGGGUGUUAAUGAACGGCGGCGAUUCAACAUGUAGAAUCAUCUGGAAAUGAACAGAAAACGGCAGCCAAUGUCCUGUAGUCAGAGGAGACGGGACCGACGGACGUUCCUGUAGUCAGAGGAGACGGGACGGACGGACGUUCCUGUAGUCAGAGGAGACGGGACGGACGGACGUUCCUGUAGUCAGAGGAGACGGGACGGACGGACGUUCCUGUAGUCAGAGGAGACGGGACGGACGGACGUUCCUGUAGUCAGAGGAGACGGGACGGACGGACGUUCCUGUAGUCAGAGGAGACGGGACGGACGGACGUUCCUGUAGUCAGAGGAGACGGGACGGACGGACGUUCCUGUAGUCAGAGGAGACGGGACGGACGGACGUUCCUGUAGUCAGAGGAGACGGGACCGACGGACGUUCCUGUAGUCAGAGGAGACGGGAUGGACGGACGUUCAUGUAGUCAGAGGAGACGGUACCCGACGGACGUUCCUGUAGUCAGAGGAGACGGUACCCGACGGACGUUCCUGUAGUCAGAGGAGACGGGAUGGACGGACGUUCAUGUAGUCAGAGGAGACGGGAUGGACGGACGUUCAUGUAGUCAGAGGAGACGGGACCCGACGGACGUUCCUGUAGUCAGAGGAGACGGGAUGGACGGACGUUCAUGUAGUCAGAGGAGACGGUACCCGACGGACGUUCCUGUAGUCAGAGGAGACGGUACCCGACGGACGUUCCUGUAGUCAGAGGAGACGGGACCCGACGGACAUUCCUGUAGGUGCAUCUUGUCCUCAUGAUAGUCUGGCCCCAGAUCUGUCAGUUUGUAAUAUCUCGCCAAGUUGGCACAACCCACUCUGGGACCAGGCUAGUCCUAUGAUGCCCUGUGGUUGUCAUGGGGAUGUGAUUGGGCACCGAUGCCUUUUCAAAACAAGGGAUCUGUCCUUUAUGCUCCAUUUCACGUCUGUCCACCCCAACCACCAAUGAUAACACACACACUAUGUAGGCUGCACACUUGGCUGUCAUUAAAAAACAUUGUUGUACACACAAAUGGUUGAUUUUGUUGUUCAUCAUUACUGUAAUGGUCGACUAUGGGAAAAAUGAAUUCUGAUUAUUGGAUGAUGUAUUAAUGCUUAGAUGUUUAAAAA